CGGAACAAAUCAGUGUCGAAGGAGUUUAGAAUGCCGAGAGAUGAAGAAGUCUCACUAGUUGAUCGCUGUGAGCGCAGAAGGACCAUGACAAACUGCGUUCAUGGAUUGACUCAGUGACUGGCAUUUGACCUUUUUUUUCCCCCCUUCCUCUCCAUUAACUUCUUUUUUUUUCAUGUUUUCAUUUUUCAACAAUCGUGGUCAGUGUAAUUGAUCCAAAUUUAAAACUGGAUUAUCGUGGCAUCAAUGGGCCGUUCAUUUGGAGUUGAAUGAGGAUACUGUUACCCCCACUCUUAAAACACGGAUUAUCCUUUGGAAUAAUCAUUUAAAAAAAAGAAAAGAUUUGAGAGCACCUAAUUGGAAACGAUACAUCUCCUCGCUCCAUCAUGAGGUCCCUCACGGCUUGGAUUUGCCUGUGCAGCUUUCUUCUGCUUUUAGAUGAAACCGUGAGUUCCUGGGACAGCUCCUCGGCUUUGUCCGUGGUGUUGGCCGACGGGCACCCCGGGUCCGAAGUGGCCGGGACGCCAUCGGAAUGGGUGGACUGCAUCCAAGCGAGUGACAUGUGCAACCAGAACCCACACUGCAGCUCUCGGUACCGUGUGAUGCGCCAGUGUUUGGUGGGCAAGGAGAAGGAAGCCAUGCUGGACAACAACCAGGAGUGCCGAGCGGCCCUGCGGGUGCUGCUGGUCAGCCCGCUCUUCGACUGCCGCUGCAAGAGGGGCAUGAAGAAGGAGAUGCAGUGUCUUCAAAACUACUGGACCAUCCACAUGGGACUCAAUGAAGACGGAGACAUGGAAGACUCAUCGCCAUAUGAACCUGUAGCACCCGGCCGUCAUCAGGAUGCAUUCCGCUUGGCCUCCAUCUCCUCAGGGAUGCUCACAGUAGCCCCGAAGGGUUUCCACUGCGCCGACGCCGAGAAAACCUGCAACCCCUGCCUGGACGCUGCCAAAGCCUGCAACCUCAACGGCACCUGCAAGAGGCACCGCUCGUCCUAUAUCGCCACCUGCAGCAAGGAGGACCCCAACAAGGGGGAAACCUGCAGCAAGAAGCGCUGCCACAAAGCACUGCGACUCUUCCUGGACCGCGUGCCCACCGAGUUCAGCCACCGCCUGCUGUUCUGUCCCUGCCAGACGGAGGGCUGCGCCGAGCGCCGCCGCCAGACCAUCGUGCCCGAUUGCUCGUAUAAAGAGAAAGAAAAACCCAACUGCCUGGAGCUGAGGACGGUCUGCCGCCAGGACUCUCUCUGCAGAUCCAGGCUGGCUGAUUUCAUGGCAAAUUGCCGCAACAUCCCACCCACAGUGAGCACCUGUCCCAACCAAGACAAUCACCAAGCUUGCCUGGCCUCCUACACAAGGCUCAUCGGGACGGACAUGACACCCAACUACGUGGACAGCAGCUUCAGCCACUGGACCAUCUCGCCCUGGUGCACCUGCAAGGGCAGCGGCAACCAGGAAGAGGAGUGUGCCAACUUCCUGCAGAGCUUCACCGACAACACUUGCCUGAGAAACGCCAUUCAGGCCUUUGGGUACGGUCUGGAUUACAUGGCGAGCAAGAACGCAUCUGUCCCCGACCCCUCGGCCACGGCCAAGACGACGUCGGAUCGUUUGGCGCCAACCACCGGGCCUCCCUUUGUGACUAUUGUGAAGUAUCCCGAACCGAGAGAUGGCGGGCCCGGCAAACCUCAGGGCCUGCCAGGGGAUCACUGCGCCUGUGUGCAUGCCAACGUCUGGGCUCUGCUUUCUGGCCUGGCUUUGGCUUUGCUCUGGGCUCGACAUGCCUUAUAGAAGUGCCAGGAGGGGGAAAAGAGGUCACCCUCCCACAAGCUGAUCCCAAAAGCAGAAGGUGUUAUUUCUCUGACUGAUAUUAAGAAGGCGGCAACGCUGGACAUUUGACAUGGAAAAAAAACAAAAAAAAAAAAAAAAAACUGAACGGGAGUGUGCAACAAAUAUAAAGAAAACAAGAAGAAGAAGAACAACAAACGAGUCGAAGUGCUUGACGUUCCAUUCGUUGUCAUAUGACCACGGGCCACACGGAUGGGACACGUGGCUUUACAAAAAAAAAUAAAGGACCCUUGUUGGCAUGAGGGCCAGCUCCCUCCCGCAAAAGACGUCUCGGCAAAGGAGGGAGCCAGACGAUCAAUGACUGAUAAAGAGAAAACGGUCGACGGGAAGGUUUUGAAAGAAACGCAUUUCGGCUCUCAGUCUUGUUUUUCUUGUCUUUGGGUUGUCGACUCGAGGGGGGCCCCCCAAGGAUGAUGAUUACAGCCUGUUUAUUGUCAACUGUAAUCUAGAAAACCUACUCAGUGUUCUAAGUGUUGGUAUAGUAUCCGUGAUCAUGAAAAAAAACAAAAAAA